CCAGCUAACUGUACAGAUAACUCUUUGUACUAAAUCUCAAGUAGAGAUCCAGCCUACCUAAGGAUAGUGAGUGAAUCUGGUAAACAGCGCAAACAGAGCUGUAUAAUUACAGUUGAAGAAUUAGGACCAGAACGGAACGGUUGAUGUUUGGUGCUGAGCGGUGCCCAGCAGCACCGCUAGUCAUGCACGAGGAGGCAGAGUUCCUUCACUUGACGACUCGUCUUUUAUAACGGUUAACCUACCGGCAGUUUACGCAUCAGUUCACUUCCGUUACCGAGCGCAGAGGCUGCAGAGCCUGAACGGAGCGCUCCGGUAGGUCUGCUCUGCUCCCGCUCCUCCAGUCAGCUGCCCGAGCGCAUCCUGUCGUCACGGGGCUUACGUCAGCGCAGCAGCAGGAGCUGGUUCGCGCGCCUGUCUCCGGUAUGAGAAGCGACAGGAGUGAUGCGCGAGGUAGAACAUCUAGUUUGAGACUCGCGAACGGACUGGAUGACGCCGGUAAAGAGCGGCUGUAUUAACCACUGUACCGAAGAGAAACAUAGACGGAAGCAAAUCGUCUCUGUGUGACGGUGUUCCUUUACCGGGACCAGGAACGGAGUCCAGUACCAGAGGAACACACACACCUGGACUCUCUCUCUCCUCUCCCAUCCCUUUCUCUCCUCUCUUCUCUCCCAUCCCUCACUUCCUGGACCUGAAAUGAGGCCCCUCCCUCCCUCUCGGCCCGCUCUCUUCUCUGUCUGACCUCCGACCUCUACACUUGUAGAGCUGGGAUUGGUCCGAGAUGGCAUCACAUGACCUCCCCUACUUCUGCCCCCGCUGUGACCACGCUCGCUUCCCCUCUGUGCUGGAGCUCAGGGCUCACCUGGUGAGCUGCCACACCUACGAGACCCUGCUGGUCCUUUCCCGCACCCGUGCCCGCACCUCCAGCCCCCGGGCCCUGGCCCUCCUCGCAGCCCCCGCUGCCCAGAGACAGAGCUCCUUCCUGGGCCUGGAGCAGCUGCCCUUGGCCUGUCUGGACCUGGCCUCCUGCUCUGCCUCAGCCCAGCUGCUGAGAGAGCUGUUUAUCAAGGACGACCAUCUAGGAACGAGCAGGACUGCAGCCCCCUCCGCCGGCCCUCUGGCCCUCCCCACCUCCCUGGCCCAUCUGUCUGGAGACAGGCUGGAUCUGGGGGACCUAGGCCGGAUAAGCCUGGGGCUGGAGUUUGGCCGGGGCCUGUGUCUGGAGGAGAGGCUGGGCCUGGGGCUGGACCAGAGGAUGGCCAGGACGUUUGCGGAGGUGGAGGAGAGGGUGGAGCACAGGGUGGGGAGGCUGAAGGCAGAGCUGGAGAGGAGGGAGGAGGAGCUGCAUACGCAGCGGAGGGCAGGGGAGCGGCUGGCCCAGGAGAAGAGGGAGGUGGAGCAGAGGGCCUCGCUGCUCAGCAGACAGGUUCAGAUCUCUGUGGAGAUGAUGGCUGAGCUGCAGGCAGAUCUGCAGGGGAAGGAGAGAGCUCUGGACCAGACACAGCAGGAGGUGUGUGAGGUAGAGAGCUUCCUCAGAGAGACAGCAGAGAGAGAGGCCGUGGCCAAGGCUCGUCUUCAGGUGUUCAUCGAAGCUCUGCUGGAGAGAGCUGACCGUGCAGAGAGACAACUGCUGCAGCUCAACACACAGCACACACACUACACACCUUACACGCAGCACACACACUACACACAGCACACACCUUACACACAGCACACCCCUUACACACACCACACACACCACACACACAGCCAUCAUAGCAGUGAAGAACAGAUCUUGGGAUCAAAGGUUAUAGGACACAAGAGGAGUACCAGUGUAUCAGAGCCAUACAGACUUGGAGAGGAGAUGUACCCUCACCAAUACAGCACUCCUAGUGGCCGCGUGAGGACACUGUCUCUGGGGUCUGGAGGCUGGGAGAGGCCGGGGGGCUGGCAGAGGCCGGGAGGCUGGGGGGGGUGCAGGACCUGGAGGAAAGGUCCUCAUCGACAUCAUAGCACUGAGGAAGAGGAGGAGGAGGAGGAAGAUUCCCUGUCAGAGGACCAACCCUGGAGCACACCUGAGAUCGCUGUCAGGAGCACUCACUCACCUGGCACAGACUUGUCCUCGGUGGACUCCAGCCCGUAUCGCCGUGGUGACGGGGCGUUGGGGGCGGGGCUCCUGCGUCUGAGGGCGGGGCUGUUCUGUGUUUUUCCCUUCCUGGACGUGAGGACGCUGCUGCUGGCUGCAGAGGUCUGCUCUGAUUGGAGGAUGGUGGCCAGACAUCCGGCCGUGUGGACUCACGUCAGACUGGAGGACGCUCGCGUGUCCGUCCAGUUCCUGACCACCCUGUCUCAGUGGUGCACACAGACCCAGGCCCUGGUCCUGCACAAGCUGCGGCCCAGACCCAGACACCCUGUAGAGAGGAGGGAGGACUACCACAAGAACACACGGGCGUGUCUGGAGGGGGGUCUGGAGGCCCUGCUGAGGAGAGCAGGACAGAGCCUCCUGCUGCUGCAGGUGUCUCACUGUCCUCACGUCCUCACGGACCGCUCACUCUGGCUGGCCAGCUGCUACUGCCACCACCUGCACACGCUCACCUACAGGAGUUCAUCUGAUCCUCUGGGUCAUGAGGUGGUCUGGGCGCUAGGCGCUGGCUGCAGGAGCAUCACUCACCUCCAGGUGGCACCACUGCACCCAUGCCAACAGCCAACAAGAUUCAGCAACCGCUGCCUUCAGACGAUUGGUCGGUGUUGGCCACACCUCCGUGUGCUCGGUGUGGGCGGGGCUGGCUGCAGUGUUCAGGGAUUGGCUGCUGUUGUGCGUAGCUGUGUCAGCCUGCAGGUGUUGGAGUUGGAGCGUGUGAGCGGUCUGGACCAGCAGGGGGCAGGAGAGCAGCUCUGCAGAGAGGGACUGCAGCAGCUGCACACGCUCACUCUCACCUCCACCCCCGUCACCACGGAAACACUGCUGCACCUGCACAGGGUGUGUGCGGGGCUCAGGUCCAUGGUGGUCAGGCUGGGAGUGACAGACUGGGAUGCUGACAGCUCUGAUGCUCAGAGACACAAGCAGGACAUGAUCAGCAGUCUGCAGGCCCUGCAGCAGUGUCCAGGUGUGUGUGACAUUCUCCAGCUGACAUCCUCCUCUGGCCACCCUCACCACCCCACCAAUCCUGAGGCAGAAUGA